CCCCGCGCGCCCCCAGGCCACGCCCCCGGCCGUGACCUUGUGUGAGGGGAAGGGGGGGGGGCGUGGGGACACCCCGGGGACGCCCCCGGAUUUAUCGCGACAGCGGCGACAGCCACAGCGACAGCGGCGACAUGGCGGGGCUGGGGAUGGGAGCGGGGCUGCGGCUGCUGCGGCGGAUCCCGCCCGGAUUUGGGGGGUCCCGGCUGCAGAGCAGGCACAAGGCGCAGGCUGUGCUCCCCAAAACUGGAACCUCCACGGCCACAGCAGCCCCCCCAAAAUCCCAGAGCAGCCUCGAGGAAUCCAAGUCCUUCGCCGUGGGGAUGUUCCUGGGGCGCCUCAACGCCGAGCAGGUGUUCCCCUACCCCUCAGUGCUGACAGAGGAGCAGGAACAAACCCUGCAGGAGCUCGUGGGGCCCCUCAGCCGCUUCUUUGAGGAGGUGAACGACCCCGCCCAGAACGACGCUCUGGAGAAGGUGGAGGACGAGACCAUGAAAGGGUUAAAGGAGCUGGGGGCCUUUGGGCUGCAGGUGCCCCCCGAGUUCGGGGGGCUGGGGCUCAACAACACCCAGUACGCGCGGCUGGUGCAGAUCGUUGGCCAGCACGACCUGGGGGUGGGGAUCACUCUGGGCGCGCACCAAUCCAUCGGCUUCAAGGGGCUGCUGCUCUAUGGGACCCCUCCCCAGAAGGAGAAGUACCUGCCCCGCCUGGCCACAGGGGAGUGGGUGGCGGCGUUCUGCCUGACGGAGCCGGGCAGCGGCUCGGACGCCGCCUCCAUCCGCACCCGCGCCACCCCCAGCCCCUGCGGCACCUUCUGGACCCUGGACGGGGAGAAAAUCUGGAUCAGUAACGGAGGCCUGGCCGAGCUGUUCACGGUUUUCGCCAAGACUCCGGUGAAGGACGAGAGAACCGGGGAGAGCAAAGAGAAAAUCACAGCGUUCAUCGUGGAGAGGGGGUUUGGGGGGGUCACUCACGGCCCCCCCGAGAAGAAGCUGGGCAUCCGCGCCUCCAACACCACCUCGGUUCACUUCGACUCCGUGCGGGUCCCGGCCCAGAACGUGCUGGGGGCGCCGGGCGGCGGCUUCAAGGUGGCGAUGAACAUCCUGAACAACGGGCGCUUCGGCAUGGCCGCCGCCAUGGCGGGCACCAUGCGGGGGCUCAUGGCUCAGGCGGUUUCGCACGCUGCCUCCAGGACCCAAUUUGGGGCCAAAAUUCACCAAUUCGGGGCCAUCCAGGAGAAGCUGGGCAGGAUGGCCCUGCUGCACUACGUCACCGAGGUGGGGUUGGGGAAAUUUGGGAUUUUUGGGGAAAGCUCUCGGCAGCUCCUGCAGGACGCUCUGGAUCCUCCCCGGCUCCGAGCCCAGCAGCUCCUGGGGGUCCUGCAGAGCCCCCUCUUCCAGGCACUGAUCGGGUAA